AUGGGCUACGAUAACUCCUUAGCUGUGGGCCUCUCGGUGGGUAUCCCGUGCUUUGUCAUUCUCUGCCUCUGUGUCGUGUUCUACUUUCGAAAUCGGAAGCGCCAGAGAAAAGAGGACACCAUGGAGCAGGAUAUCGACGUGGAGCUCAGAGACGACAACUCCUUCAACCAGUUCCAGGACGCCUUACAUAGACAGCAGAACUACGAUAAAAAAGAGUGCUCGGACUCCGCCACCGCCCACGAGAAACAGGUGCUGUCCACAGACUUGGAUGUGCACGGUGACAACACCUCCCUGUCGAGAGGUCUGUCUGCUAGCAACACCUUCAGCGAGCAGAAGAAGACCAACUUCUUCACGCCUCCUCCUAGCGUGUUGAAUGGCAACAGCGCCCGCUACAUCCCUCACUCCGCCUCCUACAACAGCUCGCCUGGCAUGCACCAAAAAUCGCCGUCGGCCUACGACGUCUACGACACAUUCAUCCCCAUCUUGGGCUCGCAUAACUCCACCGCCGGCGACCUCAGCGAGUUGACGCAACCACCGCCUGCGGUUCAUCACGACGGCAAGUCGUCCGCAAGCAGCAGCAACACAAGUCUAAUAGGCGGAUCGGGCCUCAACGGCGGCCUGGUCAUGGCCACAGGUUCAAACAACCACAACAACCACAAUGGUAACAAUAACCGCUCGCUAGAGAACCUCGCCAAGCAACUCCACCAUUCACAACUAUUCGAUAAACUUCCUUCUAGAGCCGCAACGGUGUCAGUCAAGCAGAGGCCCCAGGUGCCUGUCAACAAUAACUCAAGCACAGAGCUUGUGAAGGACUACUUCCAAAACGACGCCAUCAACGAAAAUUACAUUGUCCAAGUGCCCUCAAGGGACGACGAGGAUGACGAAGACCGCACUUCCACGCCGCGCCAGAAGCACAUCUACUUCCAACGAGUUAACGGGGAUGCUGACAGCGAUGAGGCAAAGAAAAAUAAUUUGAUGGUCACAGAAGAGGAAGUUGACACGCCGAAGACGGAGUCUGUCCCUCGGAAAACGGCGUACAGUGGCAUUGGCAAUAUCGAGGGUAACUUCGAUAACAACAUCGCCACAGAACGCUUUGACGAGGAGGAACCUGACGUUGUAUUUAAGUGA